AUGGUACCUGCAGACAUUGCGCCUGUCGGAGUCGCUGUGCUGGGCUCGUCAACGGCGUCUCCGCUGUGCAAUUCGACAGAGAUUUCCUGGUUGCCUCUGCAGUAUUUGCUGCUGAAUAUCGAAGCCCGGCGCCAGCACAACCCUUCCGAGUCGGACGGUCGGGCGGACCUCGACGCGUCCCCCAACGACUCCAGUACCAGCACGGGCGCGUGGACGUACGCCGAGGACGGGACGAGGAUCUUCCAGGGCCCCGCGACGUCGCUCUUCAAGCUCAUGGAGGCCAUGGACACCGGUCUCCACCGACUCGGUCAUGGCACCUUCGCGCUGGACGAAACGACUCUGUCGAUGGAGAAGCUGAGCCUCACGGACCAACUGAGCAUCCAGGUGCUCACGAUCGACAUCGUGCUCAACGCCUCCGUCGUCUACGGCCAGACGUUCGAGGACGCUGCGUGUUACUGCUACAAGGCCUGCGGUUCCUCCUCGUCGAACGGAAGCGCCACGAGCUCCAGUUCCACGAACGCGAGCUUCGUCGCCAUCCGUCAUGCUCAUCGAUAG